AUGAAUUUUCGAACGAAAAUCAACGAUUUUCGUGGUUUUCCAGCGGCAUCAGGAUGGCAGCAGGUGUCGGCGUGGGCUGAGGUGGACGGCGGAAGCUGGCCGGUGCAAUCAGGUCCUGUCCUGUGGGUUGUGACCACGGCUGGUGGUUAUGGAGGUUUGGCUAGGGGAGGACGCACGGAAGGGAGCUGCGGGGAGAGAGAAGAGAGACUGAGGAAGAAGAGAGAGAAAAUGGGUUCUUCAAAUAUGGAGAACUUGCUUCAAAAUGACCUGUCACCAGCAGACAACGACGGGUCGCCAGAGGAAACUGAUCAGUUGUCUCCAUACUAUCAAAAUCAGGAUGAGGAAAUUGAACCGUUUUAUGAGAUUUUGUCUGCUUCAGCUCCAAUACCACACCAAUCACUUGUUGAGGAAGUCAUUCAGAAGGAACUGAUCCUACAUAUCAGCUUCCAUAAAGGAAUAACCGUGGCAAACCUCGAGUACAAUAUGAAGCAGAUCUUAAAGCCGAAAGGAAAUACCCAAUCAAUAAUUAUAUAUCUCUCAGCAGAUUAUUAG